UCGUGUCCCGGGGCAGGGGGCGGGUGGGCCGGGCAGCUCGGCGGCCGCCGCCGCGGGGCGGGGGAGGCAGGUGGCGAGGACGGUGCUUUGUAAAGAGGCGGGCGGUGGCGCGGGCAGGCGCUGCUCUCGCUCCUGCUGCUCCUCCUCCGCUGCCGCCCCCUUCUCCUUCUCGUAGCGCGGUGGCGGCGGGCAGGCUUCGUCCGCGGCCCCGUAGCUCCCUGCCGAGGCGGUGCGGCCUCCGCUCCCUUCUUCUCUUGGUCACUGUCCGGUCCCGGCGCGAUGUCGGGCGGCGCGGCGGGCGCGCCCAAGCCUCUCCCGUCCUCCGGGCCCAAGUCGCUGCGGGAGAUGCCGCAUCCUUUGGCCACGUCCAGCAGCGAGGAGAUGGGGCCGGCGCUCACCCCCAGCCCCGACCUGCUUCAGCCCCGCAGCAUCGCCGACAAGGAUCUCAGUCUACCCAAUGGCACACCUGUGGACACUUCUAGCCCAGCCUCCUCCUCGUCUCUCCUCAACAGACUGCAGCUGGAUGAUGAUUUGGAUGGGGAAACCAGAGACCUCUUUGUUACUGUUGAUGAUCCCAAAAAACAUGUGUGCACAAUGGAGACCUAUAUUACAUACAGGGUUACAACAAAGACCACGCGAGCAGAGUUUGAUUUGCCAGAGUAUUCUGUCCGCCGGCGGUACCAAGACUUCGACUGGUUGAGAAACAAGCUGGAAGAGUCUCAGCCAACACAUCUCAUUCCCCCUCUUCCUGAGAAAUUUGUGGUGAAGGGUGUGGUCGAUCGCUUUUCUGAAGAGUUUGUGGAGACAAGGAGGAAAGCAUUAGACAAAUUCUUAAAGAGAAUAACUGAUCACCCGGUGCUUUCUUUUAAUGAGCACUUCAACGUGUUUCUUACAGCCAAGGAUCUUAAUACCUACAAAAAGCAAGGAAUGGCAUUGCUGUCAAAGAUGGGGGAGUCUGUCAAAUAUGUCACAGGAGGCUACAAAUUAAGAAGUCGGCCACUGGAGUUUGCAGCCAUUGGGGAGUAUCUGGACACAUUCUCUCUAAAGCUUGGUACUAUUGACAGAAUAGCACAACGGAUUAUCAAGGAACAGUUGGAAUACUUGGUGGAACUACGAGAAUAUGGACCUGUUUAUUCAACCUGGGGAGGGCUGGAGGUUGAGCUGGCAGAGCCGCUGGAAGGGGUUUCUGCCUGUAUUGGGAACUGCUGCACAGCCCUUGAGGAACUCAGUGAAGACAUGACAGAGGACUUCUUGCCUGUGCUUAGGGAAUAUAUAUUGUACUCGGAUUCAAUGAAGAACGUGUUGAAGAAGAGAGACCAAGUCCAAGCGGAGUAUGAAGCAAAACUGGAAGCAGUAGCCUUGAAAAAAGAAGACCGUCCAAAGGUACCCACAGAUGUUGAGAAAUGCCAAGACAGAGUAGAGUGUUUCAAUGCUGACCUGAAAGCAGAUAUGGAGAGAUGGCAGAACAACAAAAGACAAGACUUUAGGCAGCUACUCAUGGGGAUGGCAGAUAAAAACAUCCAGUACUACGAGAAGUGCCUUACGGCGUGGGAGUCAAUUAUACCACUAUUGCAAGACAAGCCAGAGACCAAAUAAGAAGUACUUUCAUGGGCAGCCUAGCACUUCUAUGCUCAGUACCACUAGACAUACUGGAACUGUAUGGAGGACUUCUUUUGUCAAGUUAACUGAAAUGCCAGCUGCACUUAGGCUGGAACAGACACUCUGAAAACUGUGUGAAUUUUUUUCCUCACUUUCUGUGUUUAAACUGGGGUAUGUUUCAUCUUUUUGAGUUAUCUUGAAUGGUUCCUUCUUUAUCCUAUGGAGUGAUUGGGGGUUCAUAGUGAAAGUGCACGGGGAUCUUGAUAAAACUUACCUCUCUAGUUGGAAGGAACUGAUGAGUGAAACACUAAAAAGAUGAAAAUAAAACUCUACUGCAAGGUGCCAAAUGACAUCUUUAUUACCAUUCUGUUUUGUUUGCUAAUUAAAAAAAAAAGUAUUCCUAUAAUACAGACCACCCUAACCAAUCCCUAUCACUUUUUUUGGAUGGACAGGGAAAGGCUGGAAAUGAAUAUUUUCUAUUUUGCUACUGCCCAUGUGCUUCUGGAUGAAAAGGUUUCGGGAGACUUUUCUGUGUGGGAGUUGGGCUAGUACUAGAGAGAACAUACCAACACCACCUGCAGAUAGCCUGUGAUGCAAGCAUGAACUGUGGUUUUUGUGAGUGUGGCAUGCUGUUGGUUCAUACUGAGUAUCUUUGUUUACCUUGGUGAUUAUGAAGUAAUGUCAGUUGGCUGAAGUGUACUUGUAACUGACUUGGGGAUCAAAAGAAGCCUAGCUGUGGGGGUGAGUUGAGCUGCAGCCUUUCAAGGCUUAUGGGAAUUGUGGAAGCAAGUAUGAGUCUUCAGUGUAUUUUUUUUUUCUAAAGCUAGCUCUGGGAGUCGCAUGGGUAGAAUUCUCUUGGUCCAUGCUUUAAACUUCUUUUUUCUGAGUUAGAGCCGCUUUGGGCUUGGUCACUUGAGGUGCCUGCUGUAGUAAAGGUAGACCUCUGCUUCCUCUCCCCAUGUUUUGUUGCAGCAGCCAAAAGCCAAACAGUGUCAAAUGCUUGUUUACACCAAGCAUCACUGUGUGUGAAACUUGCCUUAAACAGGUCACUGGGGUAGAUGGGUACCUUGUUAGUACACAGGUCUCUACUGAACCACACAGCAAGUCUGUUACGACUGCUUUUGGUGCAGAUCUAUUAUCUUAGUAGUUUUUAUUGGCCUUCAGAAAUGUAACUGCUUCUGCAAGUCCCCCUUUUUUUUUCUUCCCCCUUUUCUCUUGCAGUCCAAUCUCAAGUAAAUGCUUGUUUGGUGUUAAUGGCCUUAGGAAUGCUACUGUGAUUCCCAUGGUCCCAGAGUCUUGUUUUAACAGGAAGCAGAUAAAUCCUUUUUAACUAUCCUAAGUGAGAGGGUUUAUCCGUGAGGGGGCUAAUAUCAGUGUAAUAAAAUACACUGUGGAAUAAAUAACUCUGAGUGCUUACUGCUAAACUUGAGUGAUUACUUGAUCUCCAGCAACAUUCUUGCGAAGAAUCUGAGCAGUAAUUGAAUACAUGCAACUUCUGUGUUCCCUUGUGACAACCUACCAGGUACCAGUCUGGUUUGGACUUUAUCCUUUCAUGUACACCAAGUAUACCUGAAGCCCCCUUACUCAGCUUGGUGGAUUUAUAGCAACUGUCAAGAUGAGUUAUUGCGGCAAUGUGGUAGCUGUCGGGCUAAUGAGAUGAUGCUCUCUGGGUGCAAAAAUCAAGUUUAAGAUAUCUUAAGAGAUCUUCCUUUUUGACUCAGCCUCCAUUGACAAUUCUGUGGUACUAAAUAAACUAUGCUUUUUGGUUUAAGUUCACAGUUUGUCAAUAUACACUUAUUUGGUGUAAACGAGAACUCUGCUUUAAGUUGUUGUUAGGUCCAGAAAGACAAACUACUCUCGUUGUGCAAGGGAAUUGCUUAAGGGGAUCACCUUGAAGCAGUAACCAAGUGUUUUCCUCAAUCUUUCCCUUCUAAAGUAAGCACUUAGAUACCAUUUAACAGUCUGACCUUCAGGGUUAUAGUCUUCUCUACUUCCCGCAAACAGAGAUGCUUUUUUGAGCUGGUUCCUGUGGGGUAAAUGGAAUUUUGUAGUUGAUUCUGCAACAUCACUGGGAGCAAGCAAAAUGUAAUUUGAAGUAAAACUUAGGUAGUUUUACCUUCACCCUAUUAAAAAAAAAAAGUGCAAGAUGAGUAGAAAGGAUCGUGGCUUUUUUUCCUAUGGGUGAGUAGGUUUCAUCUGAUGCCUUAAAACACUGAGGUCCUGUUCCCUCUUAGUUUUAUGUCAAACUGAAGUGGGUGUUGGUUCUGGGGAAUUUAGCAAUUCAUAUCACAGCUGUUCAUGAGAAGCAUAAUGGGCAGUGGGGAGUACCAGGUGAAGUUCAAAUCAACAUGUAACUGUUGAGGCUGGAGCUAUUGAGGAUCAGCUUAAAUUUUCUUCAAUCUGAUGCCACUGAUUUUGCGGCAUGGUUUUUUAAACUAGUCCUCAACCAAAGCUUGUUUUGAUCUUGGAUGAAUCCCUUUCUGGCUAAGCUGUUGAAAGGCAGGCAUGCUUUGCGCUUCUCUUUUGGAGUAUGUGGCUCUGUGGCACCUGCGAGUUCAUUUGGAGGAGAGGUUGGAACAUGCAUCUCAGGCUGUGGUCACCAGCAGGAUUUCUUAAAUGAUCUGGAACGCUAAAACCUCUUAAGCCCCUACAAGGGAAGUAAAACUAACAUUCAAAGAGGGAGCCCUCUGCAAGAAUUGCUGCAGUGUAAGAAGGGUGUGUAGUGGUGGGUGUCUCUGCUUCUAUGGGCUGUGGAGGAGUCUCUUUAUAAAGAGCUGUUGUAAAUCACUAGGUAGCUGUGGGAGAGGCUGUGAGGUGUGGGGAGGAUCCUGGCCGUGUGGUUUGGGGCAGCAGUGCUGAACAGGAGAACUACAAAAUAGCAGGAAACUCCUGUAAGAUGGAAAGAGUGCACUUAGUUAACUGCUGUUAGUGGAAGUUUGAGAUCUGAACUGUUAGUGAAACUCUGACAUGCUAUCCUGUAAUCCUUACAGAAUAGGAGUCUCACCUUUGGGUGGCCCAAACCUUAAGUGUAAAAAGGUGUUGGUAAAGGGAAGCAGGCGUAGUGCAGGAGCUUCAACUUUGAGUAACUUCUUGUGUGUUCAGUCACUUAAGAUCACCCUCUGUGCAUGCACUAAAAUGACAUCAGAAGUAGUUGCACCCUUUCUGUGAAUUUAUGUAACGUGAGGGUCCUUCAACAGUCAUUAAAUUAGCCCAGUUUUCCUUGUAAACCAUAUCCAGACCAAGUUUUCUCUCAGAGGAUGUGUAAUUCACUGCUGUCCUGGUUACUUCCAUGUAAUUUCUAGGAUGUUUGUUUCUUCUCUUAACUGGCACCAGCACAAUAAAGCAAGCACUGAGAUCCUGUUUUUAUGCUCGGUGAUGAACCGUGCAUUGUUCAUAUGUAUCCUUACCAGGUUCUGAUUCUUGCAAUAAACAUAGAUGUUGAAACAUCAUGGCUUUUUUCAGGUAUCCAUUGAAAAAUGAAAAGGUAAUAAGUAUAGCUCUGAAGAAAUUAACUCUUCUGAUGCAAGUCAUAUCGAAGAAUAAACUAUGGAUUCUUCACUGAAGUCUACUUGGAUUUUUGUCACGCUGAUGCUUGUGCUAAGCAUAGAUAGUGGGAUAAGUGGUAGAAAGAAACAUCUGCAAAACACGAGUGGCAGAGACGGUCCUGCGGAGGUAGAGUGAGGUAGCCUUGCUGCAGCGGCUCUGCCUAGCUGGUUCGUGAUGCCAAUUGCUUCAGGUGUCAGUCCUGCAGGUGCCAAGGUACAAAAGAAUUCCCUCCCGGCCCCCCAAGGACUGUUCAGUGUUUUAACAGGAGCCAUGCUUUUGUUAAAACUUGCACAAUUUAGCCAAGUAUGAUAAUGAUUAAUGUUAACAGACUGUUUAAAAUCCUGGUGCUGAUGACCACUGAGCAAAAUUACGUGGACUAAACUAACUCAUUAGAUGUUCAGCCUUCUUAAAUUCUGAAGGUAGAAAAGUCUUUCCCUUGGUAUAUUACCUUUUACUGCUACAACAACCAAUAAAUAGGGAAAAUGGGGUCUUUUUAUAAGGUAGGGGAGUUGCUACUACUUGCCAGAUUAUUUUUUUUUCCUGAAGUAAGACUGGGGACCAAGGGAAUAAACUUGCCUUCUGACAGUGUGAAUGUUGCAUUUUAAUCUUCUGGGGAGUGCUGUUUAACCAAUUUCAUGGAUUAAAACAGCAACGCUUAAUUCUAUGCUUAGCACUUUGGAGUCUUGCCGGGGUAUCUGACUUGUACAAGUACUCAGUAAUGAACUGGGCUAGUUGUAAGGUUGCAUGGCUAAGGCACAGUGCUUGUGCAGAAAAUAAUGUACUUGCCAAAAAGGCAUAAGUAGAUCACUCUUAUGUAAGUGGCAUGCUAAAACAUUAAAGGCUAGUUGCUGUCCUAGACUACUCUGAAGGCCUUGGUACUCUAUGCUUUGAAGCUAAACCACUUCCUCAACUCUGCUGCUGGGAUAUGUAACCACAGCUUCAAAUCAAGCAGCAGGGUUGGGGCCAGUGCCACAUUCCCACUGCACAGGGAGGCAGAUUGCAGAGGGACAGUCUUACAAUAACAAACAGCCAAAGGGCUUUUCUCUUUAGUAUAUGAAAAUAAAGCAGCACCGUCCUUGUUCUCUUUCCCUCUGUGCCUGCAUCCCUCUGUCCCUCCUUAAGGCUUGGAGAGUUGGGCCAUGCAGGUGGAGGCAAGCUGGCUGAGAGUGGAGGUGGAUGUCAUCCCCCUCCUUGCUGAAGGUGUCAGUAUUGGGGACUGCAACAGUGCUGGCUCUUCUGCUUUCAACCUCUGUAAACCCAUUCAAUGCAACUAAGUCCCGUUCGUACCAUUAAAAACCAAAAAAAAAAAAAAAAAAAAAGCUGUGAAAGGACUUGUCUCUUUGUGAAUUAGCUAGUAAACAAUGUAAAAAUAGGAAGGAGGCUUUUGUUUCCUGCACUCAAACAAAUCUGGCAAUUGUGCUCUUGUUCAGACUCACAGGCUAGGAAAUAUUGUCUUGCCUUCUGGUGCUGGCAUGUUUCUAUACCCUUUCAUAUAUCUCUGUAUAAAUAUACUUUGUGCAUUGUUUACUAUGGAACUAGUAUUGAUGUGGAAAAACACUUUGAGGUAAAACUGUUUGUACUUCUCUAUUAGUGUGUACAUUUUUUUAAAAUGCACCGUUUGUUUACCUCAGUUAAUUUAAUGGAGUGGACCAAUAAAUGUAUUAAAAGAUUACUCCUUUA